AUGUGCCUGAGACCCGCGAUAUCUGCAACAGUCGGACCAAGCGGCGGCGCCGUCGCGGCGGCGAUUGACGCAGCACCGGGGCCGGCUGAGUGGGGCUCGUGGGGCGGACUCCAAGGAGGAACUGCGCAACCUACGCGAGGUGUCGGAGCGUUUCCGGCGGAAGGACGCGGCUCAGCGGCGAUGGCGGGGGCUGGUGCGACCGUCACGGACCUCCUGCUCAGUCGACAGCAGCAACGGCAGCAGCAGCAGCAGCAGGAGGACGCAUGGGCGGACUACCGGCAACAGUGGGAGCGGCAGCGCGAAUCUCAGGGUCCUACGACUUUCAUUUGGACCGGCGACGGGUAUGCCAUAGGGACUGGCAAUCGAGGGCAGCAGCCUUCCGCCGACCUUCCGCCGCAGCCACAGGCGCAGGCGCCGGCGGCUCCCCCGCAGCAGCAGGGGGAGCCUUCUUGGCCGCAGAUGCCCGCUGCCGGCGGGCCAGGCGGAGGAGGCGCGGCGGCGGCGCCCAGUUCCGCGAGAGACAGUGAUGCGCGCAGAGGCGCGCCGUCGCACCUGCUGGCCCUGCUCUCCAACGCCGUGCAGAGGCAGCAGAAGCAGCAGAACCCGCAGCAGCAUCCGCAACAGCGCCAGCCGCAGCCGCUGCCGCAGCAGCCGCAGCAGCAGCGGGCAGCGAACCACACGGAAAUGAUGACGCCCGUCCUGCCGCAGCAGCAGCCACCACCAGCGCCACAAGACGCAUUGCAAGGCACGACGCCAUGGGUCGCCUCCGCCUCGCACCUCCAUCCCACCACGGCAGCACCAGCAGUAGCAACGGAGCCGCUCCUGCCUUCCUGGCAGCCCCUUCCGUCCCAGCAGCCCCUGCAGCCUCUGCAGCAAAUGGGACUGACUCUUCCCACUGUCACUCCUUACGCCGCUCCUCCGCUCGUAAUGAUGUCCAACCGAGCAUCGGCCAAGAGGUCGCGCAAGCGGCGGCAGGAGCGGCUGGAGGAGCUGGAGGUGCUGUCGGCGUCGCUGCACGUGGACAAUGCGAGUGCGCAGCGGCGGCUGAACGAGGCGCAGGACACCAUUCGGCGCCUGCAGCGCUGCCAGCAGGCGCUGCAGCGCAGCGUUGCCGAGGCGCACGCACAACUGACAGCUGCCACCGCUGCCGCCACUGCUGCGGCUGCAACUGCUGCUGAAGAUGACGAUGGUGAUGACGAUGAUGAUGAGGAGGAGGAGGAGGAGGAGGAGGGGGAUGCUCCCUCUUCUGCUGCUACUCCUUCUGCUGCUGCUGUUGCUUCUGGUGGUGGUGGUCAGCAGAGUGAGGGCGCUGGUGAGAUGCUCGCCCCCCUCCACCCGCUGAAGGAGGAGAGGCUGCCGCUGCGCACGCCACUGGACCUUGCGGGGAGAUUGCGGGGAGGAAUGGUGGGAGGCUGGGGUGGAAAAAGUGGGGCUGCAGGAGUGGAUGCGGAGGAGGAGCAGAACGAGCAGGAGGAAGAGGAGGAAGUGGAGGAGGAAGAAGGGGGUGAUGAGGACUGUGGGGAUGGGAGUGAGGAGGGUGAGGAGGAGCUGGAAGAGGGUGCAGUGGGCGGGGAAAGUGCCGAGGCCGAAACGGGAGUGUUGAGUGGAUUGGAAGGGGGAAUAGGAUGUGAGGUGGCAGCGCCAGCCAUAGCAGUCGACUUUGACUCACUACUGGGCUCUGGACAAGGCAUCGUGAAUCCAAAUACUAAUGCUUCUGCCUCCUCCUGGAUGAACAGCUUCGGCCGCAGCAUGGGGAGGGUGGGAUGA